AAAAUACUAUGUAUUUUGACAUCGCUAUCACUCGUUAUGCUUUAAUAUUAAGUCGUCAUUUCAUAUUUUGUAAACAAUUCGUAAGAGGCUAGAUAGAAAAAUCGAAAUAGUAGAGGUAAAGAAAGUCAAAAUUAUUGUGAAACACCAAUUGCAGGUGGCUGUUACUAUCAAUAUAUGUAUUACAAAUAUUAUAAAAUUGUUAAUAAACUAUUUGUAAACUUGCGAUGUAAAAACCAUUAUAUUUGUGUAUGAAUGUUUCGACUUGAAACUACUCAUAUGAGUGCGACGUAAUAAGAUAUUCCAUAUGGUGGAAUGUCAAAGCGGAAUUUCGCCACUUUUGCAAUGUGAAAAAAUUGUGUACAUACAAAUAUAUUAAUACUAGAUGUUCCUGAGCAAUGGAGUAAUGGAAUGACUUUUUACAUAUGCUCCAAAGAAAUGUAACAUAUGGAUAAGAAUAAAAAACAAAGAUGCGAAAGGUAUUUGCCAAAUAUACGAAUUCCACGUUUUAAUACAAGAGUUUCCUGAAAUGUACGUACAAAGCAAAAGUUAUAAAAGAGACGUCAUUAAAAACCUUAACAGCAAAGAAAUAACGAGUGAAGCAGAGAAUACAGCGAAAGAGGUGAAGCUCUAAAUAGAGCGACGGGAAAAGUUGUUUGUCAACUUGUAGCGUCCCUAGAUUUCGUCGAAGGAGUAAGCCUAGCCAGAUUUGCUGCAGCGGGAAAAUUAUUUUAAUUUAUAAAUUAAUUAAAAAGGGUAUACAGCCACAGAAUGUCAACUGUUACACGUAGUGCUAGUGCUAGCCCAUCCGUUGGCCAUUUGAGCAACCCAUAUCAUUCAGAUCGACAAAGUCAUCUACAUUCAACAGUGGAUCCAAGUUAUUUUCCACUCAAGUCAAUAGCAGAUGUUGUGAAUUUUUUUCGCCGUUCUCUUGAAGCUGGCUCUUCAGUAUACGGCAGUGAACCGGAUUUAACACUACUUUCUAUUGUAGCAGGAUAUGUUGAGCUUUCUUUAACUACUGGUGAUGCGGCGCUCGCAGCUGAACAUGCAUUGUCAAAUGCAACCACAAACUCGACAAUAUGUUCCCCUCCACUUCUUGUUGCUGGUGUUGGAAGCGUUUUAUCGGCAGCGCAAAACUAUAGCAUUAUAAAAAGCAAUAGUGUGCCUUUUCCUGUUGUAACAUACGAACUUGUUUCGGGCUUAUACAAAAAGUUUCAAAGUAUACUCUCCGUUGUCGAAAAACCCAAAUCAGGUCAAAAUCGCCAAGCAACAAGAGAAAUAAUCAAAAAAGUUUCCGAUGUAAUAUGGCACUCUUUAAUAAGAAGUAGUUAUAAAGAUCGAGCACAUUUGCAAAACCUCUAUAGUUAUUUAUCCGGCAAUAAGUUGGAUUGUUUUGGAGUUGCGCUCGCCGUUGUAGCAGGCUGCCAAAUGUUAGGUUAUCGCGACGUACAUUUGGCUAUAUCCGAGGAUCACGCAUGGGUUGUGUUCGGUAUUAAACAAGUAGAAUGUAUUGAGGUGACGUGGCAUGGAAAAGGUAGUGAAGAUAAACGCGGCCAGGAUAUAACGGCUGGUAUAGAAUCUGGGUCUUGGUUAUAUUUGAGUGGUUUGGCAGUAGUAUGUGACAGAGCUAUGGAAGUAGCCGCUAUUGUGUCAGCUAUAAAUAUAUCGAUGACAACUAAUAGUGAUUGCGUGGAGGUGGCAGAUAUGCAACAAAAACUUCUUUGGCUACUUUAUGAUAUGGAUCAUUUGAAGAAAUAUCCGAUGGCAUUAGGAACACUUGGCGAAUUAGAAGAAAUUAGUCCGACUCCCAAGCGCAUUACUUGUGAACAACUAUAUAAGGAGGCUAUACAGUCGGCGCGAAAUUUUUACCGCAAUCAUCACGUGUAUCCUUACACUUAUCAGGGUAACUUUUACAAUCGCCUAUUGAAAUACCGUGAAGCCUUUGCAGCUUGGGCUAAUGCGGCUGAUGUAAUACGUCUAUAUACGUAUAGCUGUCGAGACGAUGAGGAAAUAUAUAAAGAGCUUCUAGAUAUUGCCAACGAAAUGAUACCACAUGUUAUGAAAACUGAGAGUUCCGGUCAUUCAGCAAGAAGUAUUUUACGUGACUCGGAGGUAUUUGCAAAUCUGUUACGAUUUUACGAUGGAAUAUGCCAAUGGGAAGAGGAUAGUUUGACACCAAUAUUACAUAUUGGUUGGGCUAAACCAUUAGUCAAUAAUAUAACAAAAUUUGAUUAUGAUAUAAGAUCGCAAGUAGUGAUAAAAGUUCCUGAAGACGAUGAAAUGACACAAACAAAAAAAUCACCCGUCACACCAAUGGAUUUAGCGACUUCUUCGUUAAGAGAAGAGUCCACAGCAAAUGAGAAAGUUGAAAAGAAACCUGUUAUUAUUGAUAUAAAGAAAGAUCUGUCAGACAGUGGCAAUGUGAAUAACAAUAAUCAUAAAAAGGAAGAGACUUCGUCAGAUGCGAAAAAAUCGGAUCUUUCAGCUACAUUAGCAGAUUUAACCGCUGCGUGUGGUGAGAAGAUUUUAAAUCCAGAAUUUUUAUUGCAGGGUGGUGGAGAGCCUUUCGCUGAACAGAAAAAACAUUUAGAACAACGGCAAGAGAGCAAUCGUGAUAACGACUCAACAAAUGGAUUAAAAAAUGUCCCAAAUAAAGAUACUGAUUCAAAGAAACAGUUGGAGUUGAUGGUACAACAAAACGAGAAUGGAAGUAUUAAACACUCUAUAUCAAAUAUACAAUUAACCACGGCAACGCAACUACCUGUAGAAGAGGAACCUUUUGAGUUUAUGAUUAAACAGCCCGUUAUUACGCUUUACAGUCAGAAAAUGAAGGGUCUGAAAGAUCUUCUAUUGGCGGAAAAGCUGAAUACACACGCUAUUUCACUACAAGUAACUGCACAAUCGGUGGCCAGCAGAAAGAUUCGAGGAAUAGAUAAGCUUGGUAAUCAUACAACAACAUCCACCUAUGCAACUGCUCAUGUACCGAGCAAUAGUUUACAAUCAGCUCAUACAAAUCAUAAUGCGAAUGUUGGCGAUAGUAAUUCUACUUCUAACGAUAAUGGAUGUAUUACUUCUUCGAUAGCUGCUUCACGACCGAAACGUUUUCGCCGGGAAUAAACACGACGACUGAGGUAAGUGAACUACUUAUAUAAUAAUUAUAUAUGUAGGUACUACAUACAAAUACUAAACGCUACAAUGAAGCUCCUGCAAUACAAGUUUAAAUGCUGGCUAUGAUGAAGGUCUUAAUCUAAUUUUACUGUCUAUAUAUAUAUAUAUAUAUAUACAUAUUAUUUUAUUUUAUUUAUAUAUGUAUUUUAUAUUUACAAUUUAUUUUUGUUUAAUUGUUAUUGAGGCAACCCUAAACGAAAAAAAAAAUUAAAAAAAA